AUGCAAAAACAACUUGCUCUUCAUCAAGAACAAUCUCCUGUAGAGGUUUAUCGCAGUCAACGAAUGUCAAAAGAAGAAUGGAAUCAACUUUCUAAGGCAACGGGUCAAUGCAUUUCAAUGAAUUCUUUUGUGUCAACAAGCCUUGAACGAAAUGUUGCCAAAUUUUAUAAAACAGGAGCCAAUCAUGAUGAUAAUGAAAUUGGAAUAAUGUUUCAUAUUAAAGCAAAUCCUUGUUUGUCUGGCGAUCUAAUACAACCAUUUGCUAAUAUAGUUUGUUUCAGUGAAUUUCCAGAUGAAAAAGAAAUUGUAUUCAUGGCUGGUAGUAUUUUUCGUAUUAUCAAAAUUAUUGAUGAAAACCCAUUUCCAAUAGUUGAAAUGGAACUUUUUAGUAAAGAAGAAAACGAUUUAAAAAUGCUCUUCGAAUCAUUGCGUCGUGAAUUUGGAGGUUUACCAGGAGGAGAACUAAAGAAAACAAGUAUACAUUCUCUAGGAAAUUUUGCAAGCAGAAUGAUUAAAUUCGACGUAGCGGACAGAUUUUUUCGUCGAUCCUAUUAUGAAUCUUCCAAAGAUGAUCCAAAUCCUGCUGAUUACUGUCAAAAUAUUGGUAUGGCAGCUCUUCAUACAGGUCGAUAUGAAGAGAGUGUUCGAUGGUUAGAUCAAGCGCUCAAAUUAUACGAAAGUAGAGGUCUUGUUGAUGAUCCUUGUGUUGCUAGUCUAUACAUAGCCCAAGGAAUUUUGAAUACUAAAAAGAAAAAACGAAAACAAGUUCUUGACUCAUACAAUAAAGCUUUGAAAAUCUAUCAGACAAGCUCUGGUGAACAUGAUUCAGAUAUUGCACUGUGCUACCAUAAUAUGGCUAAUCUUUUUGAACGGCGAAAGUAG